ACAACCAUCCAUUAUUACUUCUCCUUUUUUAUUAAAUUAUUCAAACUUCAUUUUCCCUUUUCCCUUUCUCUGCUUCCUUAUUGGUACAAUUCUAACCCAUCUCUUGUCUCUCUCUCUUUGAGAGAGAGAAUAUGUGUCACAAAGCAAAGCAACUCACAAAGUAGCAAAUGCCAAAUUAUACUAAUACCAAUAUCAAUAGCAUUGUUGUGUAAUAGGUUUCCCAUUCUUGUAUAGUGAGAAACCAAAACAAAUAACCAUCCAUUAAGCUCAACUUGCCCUUUAAUCGCAAAGUUGCUGCUACUACCACUGCAUAACCAAAAAGGCUAUUCGAUUUUGAGUUAAAGUUUGGAUUUUUAAGGGUUUUUGAUUGUGGGGUUCUGCUUAUUUCAUCUGGGUCAUGACCGAAUUUGUUUUAUCAGCUAUGGUUGUUUGAAUAGAAUCUAAAGUAAAGAUUUUGAUCUUGGCUGGUUGGAGUUGGAUACACUGAAUCAGUGAAUUUUUGUUUGGAAAUGGUGGUUGGUGCUGUUUGUGGUUUAUAGGAAAAAUUGUUAGAUAGAGAUGGAGGCAGAGUCAAAUAGAGGGUUUUGUAAUGAAGAUAUAAAUUCAUCUAUGAGUAGACAUGCGAUAUCAUUUCAGCAUGGUGCUAUGAAUAAUAGCAUGUCAGAGAUGGUUCCAAUGGGUAAUUAUUUUGGGUUAAGUAGUUCAUCUGGUAUGAUAUAUUCUGGAAAUUCAACUUUCAUCAACAACACCAACCCUGUUGUAAGUCCACAAGCGGGUGGGUCUUCUCUUCUUCUUGAUUCAGUUCCAGGGUUGAAGCAUGACACUGGCUUGGCUGUUGAGUGGUCUCUUGAUGAACAGUAUAGAUUGGAGGAAGGCCUUGCCAAUUAUGCGAAUGAACCAAGUAUCAUGAAGUACAUCAAAAUUGCUGCUGCGUUGCCUGAUAAAACUGUUCGCGAUGUUGCUUUGAGGUGUAGGUGGUUGACAAGAAAGCGAAGGAAACCAGAUGAGCAUUGUUUGGGAAAGAAGAUCAAUUACAGAAAAGAUAAGCCGUUGGAGUUAGCAUCGCAUUCAAAUUUGCAUUCAAAUUUGCAUUCGGCGCUGCCCCCAAGCAUGAGUUCGUAUUCUCCCAUGUCACGCACUAUUGAACAAAGUCAACGGAUACUAUAUGAUGGAAUUUGUGGACCUAUGAAGCAACUCAUGGAGCAGAAUGCUCAAGUUUUCAAUCAAAUUACGGCCAAUUUAUCGACAUACAAGUUGCAGGAUAACAUCGACCUCUUUUGCCAUACAAGGCACAAUAUUAAUACCAUUCUAAACGACAUGAGUGGGAUGCCUGGCAUUAUGAGCCAAAUGCCGCCACUGCCUGUUGCCAUUAACGAGGAUCUCGCAAGAAGUAUUUUGAAUAAUAGAACUUAGAUAUCGAAGUGCAUCCAUCGAUGUAUAGAGAGGUUGGCAUCGUCGUGCAAUAGUCUUUUCUGCAACUGUUAUGGUGCUCUACAUACAAGCAAUUGAGGAGUCGAGAAGUAACUUAGAAAUACAUAUAUAUCAUGACAUUCUGGAUAUUGUAAUCCAUCUUUUGAUGUUAUUGUUCCCUGGUUGAUUAUUCUAGGAUUUGAAACAAAACUUGAGUUUCUUGUUGUAUAAAUAAAUGAAUGUUGGUUGUAAGAAAAAGAAUGGAAAUAGGAAAGUAAUUAAUAUAUGAAUGGUUUGAUCUGAA